GAGGAACUCGAUUCACCCAAAAGAACGUAUACAAAUAUAUAUACACGACAAUUGACGCAACAAAAUUUAAGCUUUGAUGAUGCGGCGAAUCCACCUCUUGUUAUAGAUGAUGAUUUAUUUUACGAUUCAAAUGAAUUCUUAAACUUAGCCAACCUUUAA